CGAGUUUCUAACAUGGCAUCUGUCACUUCACUAGAUAAGGAUCUCAGAUCAUUGCGCCUGUCUAGAUACACACCCCAGGCUGCCAAUGAAAUACGCGACUGGAUCGAAGAGGUUUUGCAGGAGAGAUUGCCUCCGGGCGACUUCCUGGAAGCGCUGAAAGAUGGUGUGGCUCUUUGUCGGCUAGUUAACCUUGCCGUCGGUUCUCCGGGAGUUAAAUACAAGGUCUCAACGAUGCCCUUCGUUCAAAUGGAAAAUAUAUCCCACUUCCUCCACGCUUGUCAGAUGGCGCCCCUGAGUCUUCAGCCCCACGAUGUCUUCCUCACAGUCGAUCUCUACGAGUCAAAGGAUCCCGCCCAAGUCCUCCAAUGCCUCAUUGCAUUCAGUCGGAGAGCCCAUACCAUCCAGCCAGCACGGUUUCCACGCGCAAUUGGCAAGAUCAAGAGUGAUUUGGUGAGCCCUCAAUUGAGUGGAUCUAGUCAGACCGGCUUCAAAGCAACCUCCGCAUCUGGUCGAAAUCGCGGAACUAGCAACGUCAGCGAGUCUGGUUCAAAACCGUUUAGCCCCAUUUCCGGACGGUCAAGCCCGGAAAAGCGACCUCCGGCAUCUCCAAGUUCUCCUGGGUCAGCCAAGAUAAGCGCCUGGAGCACUAAGACUGAGGAGGCUACGACAUUACCAGCAUGGAAUAUCCACCAGUACGGGUAUAUGGGAGGAGCUAGUCAGGGAAAUCUGGGGAUAUCCUUUGGCGCAAGACGACAGAUCACUUCUCAGACUCCGCCUGUCCCAAGCUUAGCCGAGAAGGAGAGACGGAGAAAGGAGGCCGCUGAAGAAGAAAGGCGGAGACGAAAAGCGGAAGAAGCCGAGCGCCAGCGCCAACUCGAACGCGAAGCUGAGGAACAACGUGCUAGGGAGGAAGAAGAAAGGAGAUGGGAAGAGGAGACAAGAAAGCUACGGGAAAAGGAGCGGCUUGCUGUCGAAGAGGAAAAGAGACAAUGGGAGGCGGAGCAGCGACAAUGGGAAGAAGAGGAUCGCCGGCGACAGCAGGAAGAAAGGGAGGCUGAAGAAAGACUGGAGAAAGAAAGGCAGCGGAAACGCGGCCUUGCGGAUGCUCGGCUGAACGGCCAAUUCUUGAGUCAGUAUCAGGCGGGUCAACGAUCAAACCGUGGUACUUCCCCUGGUGAACCGGCUCCCACGCCAGAGAGUGAACGUAUUAAAGCCCUUGAACGGGAACUCGAGCUUGCGAAAGAAAGAGAGAGACAAUACGAGAGGGAGCGUCAAGAACUCGCCCGCUCGCGUCAAGUAUCGAGCACAAGCAACGCCUCGCAAGAUAGUGCGCGCAGCCGUCCACCCCCCAAGCCCGCAAGACCAAGCUACGACCUGACCUCUCAGGAGGAAGAGCGGAAACUCCUCCGGUCCGAAUGGCAAGCCAACCAAGAUGCUGCAUCAACAUUUGAACACGCACCACCCGCCUUACCACCGCGCUCUCUUCCCGAGCCGCCCGUAUCUCCGCGUCCACUCCCGGACCCGGCUAACUACCCCAAAACUCGCACAGACCGAUUCUUAGCGACCAACCCUGCACCACAAGCAACCCAGCCGGCCUCCCACCGACCCCCGGAAUUCUCCACCGAAGCUGAAGUCGACGAAGAAAACCGCCGCCGCGUCGCUUCGACUCAAAAGACUCGUGCCGGGGGCUGGGCAUCGAAGUCUCUCCUGGAGCGAGAAAUGGAGCGUGAACGCGAGCGCCAGCGGGAGUGGGAAGAAAAUCAAAAGCAUACUAGAGAGGCCGCUAAAUCUGGCGUGAAUACCGCGGGGACGGGUCCGGGUGAAGGCGGUUGGGAUGUUAACCAGUACGGGUACAUCGGUGGCGAUAACCAGAACAGAGGCUCGACAGGGAUCGGAUUUGGUGCGAGGAGGCAGAUUAUUGGCCCGCGCCCGCCCAGAUAAGUUAUCUGCGCUGUAUCUGUCGUGUCGACGUGGUUGUGGGCGGGAUGGCUUGAAAUUAGGCCUUUUAUAUGUUUCGACUGAUACCAUGCAUUGUGUUAUCCUUCAUUUUUUUUUUUUUUCUUUUCAACCUUUUUCUCCAAUCCUUUGCACGCCAAGCUCGGCUUGAUAUAUCAUUUCUGCUUUUCGUUGCCCUUUGUCUGGCCCUUUAAACAGCCUAAUUUUAUUGACACGCGGCUGCCUGGAGAACUGUGCGAGCAAACCUGUAAAUACAUUCCGAAAUAGUUCUUUCUGAAGUACAUAGAA